AUGUCGUUAGAGUUGGCCAAUAAGCUCUCUAAAUACAGGAUUCACGCAGCGUGUGUUCAAGAGACUAGGUGGAAGGGGCAAAAAGCAAAGGUUAUAAAGGGUUAUAAGCUGUGGUAUGUAGGAUUGGACGGCAGACAUAACGUGGUUGGCAUCCUAGUGUCUAACAAUAUUCUAAAGCAAUUGGUUGAAGUAAGGAGGUGUAAUGACAGGAUUAUGCUAGUUAGGAUAUUAGUGGGGGAAGAAAUCAUAUCCAUUGUCAGUGCAUACGGGCCUCAAGUUGGGCUCGAUGAGCAGGUGAAGUACAAGUUCUGGGGUAACUUAGGAGAGCUCAUGAGAACUAUCCCGGAAGAUGAGAAAGUUUUCUUAGGAGGAGACUUUAAUAGACAUAUAGGCAGAGAUGCAGGCAACUAUAACUCGAUACAUGAAGGGUUUGAUUUGGGGGCAAGGAAUGAGAAUGGGGAGAAUUUGUUGGAGUUUGUGCUAGCAAAAGAAUUGGUUAUAGCAAACUCGAUCUUUAGAAAGAAAGAGGAGCAUUUGAUCACAUAUAAGAGCGGCGGGGAUGCAACCCAAGUUGAUUAUUUCUUAGUGCGCAAGGGAGAUCGACCCUCAUGCUUGGAUUGUAAGGUGGUGUUGGGUACAAAGAUGCCCACCCAUCACAGGCUUUUAGUACUGGGGAAAGAUCAUGUGGGGGAGACUCAAAGGGGAUAUGGUCACCCUGUCAAGCAAGAUAAGUUUAUUGGGCUUCUCAAGUCAGUCAGAGGAUGCGAAUGA